AUGCGCGGGGGCCUAGGGGCUGCUAAAGCGGCGGACCAGGAGGUGCAGGAGAUCUGUGACCGGUUUAAAGUGGAGGUGGAGCAGAAAUCCGGCGCCAACUUCAACACUUUUCAGGCCGUCGAGUACAAGACUCAGCUUGUUGCCGGAACAAACUACUAUCCUCAGGCUCACGUCGGGGGCGACCAGUAUGUACAUCUGCGGAUCUACAAGAAGCUUCCGUGUUACCACGAGGAGACGAGCCUCACCGCCUUCCAGCUCGGCAAGACCAGGCAGGACGACAUCGUGCACUUCGAGCCCGGCCAUUGAUGGAAGCGCCCGCUCGGCCCCCCCAAUGCAG